AUGGCCUUGCAGUGCGGAGCCCUGGCAUGUAGUUGCCACGGCGCAAAGCAGGACUGCGUGGAAGACAUCGAUGCCGGCGCGGCUCCCGCACCCGAGGGACCCGAGGUGCGCGGCAGCAUUGAGCCGCCGUUGGCAUCAAACUCGCCCCCAGCCGAGAUGGCCGGGGAGUUUCAGGGUGAAGAUGUCCGAUCAUUUGCAGAGGACGCUCCGUCGGUGCAGGUGUCGAUCGGCCCAGAGAGAAAGGAUGCAUCUCAUGGCCAUAGGUUCCACCAUUCACUUACCGGUGAGGUUUUGGGUGGCACCGCAAUCAAGCCUGAGGGGAGCUACUUUCCUGCUUCUCUGACUUUCAGUUAUCAAGAUCUGUUUUGGUCGAAAGUGGGAGCAGUGUUUUGGAUCAACAUGGUGUGUUUUAUCGUGGCAGGGGGUCUCUAUCGAGUCUCUCUUUGGAUGGGAUGGCGCGUGGCGGCUGCAGCCUUCCUUGCGACGGUCUUGUCUCUCUGCAUUUGGCAAUCGACUUGGCAAAUGGGCAAGCUUGCUAUUGGUACCGUGCCGACGGCGGCGUUGCUCCUGGACUUGCUGCUGGCCUGGACGAUGAUAUUCUGCGAGAAGUAUUUUCUGGGGUUGUUCCGCUCAUAUUCGAUGCUGGUCCUUAUUGUUUGCUCUAUGUUGGUGUGUGCUCCCUUUGGGGGCCGUCAGAUGUUUGGAAUGACUGCAGUAGCUGCCGUUCGACUCGUCGGUAUCGGAAGCAUUCUCAUGGGCUACUACUUCGUUCUGAUUGACUUCCCAUCUGAAACCAUCCAGGAUCUGUUUUGGCCCUUGACAGCUUCAGUGUACAAGGCACUUGCUGGCCCUUUAAUGUACGGCAUUUGGAAUGGUCCAGGCCGGCGUGAUUGCUCAGCUUUGUUUGUUACAACAGCAACUCUUCUCAUCUCUAUCUCCUCUGAGGGCUGGUACUACGCAGGCCUUGUUCUCAUGCUCUUCAGCAGUGUGGGUACAGAGUACCAAAUAAUGCGUCGCGCAGCGACGAGCAUUGCCGCACACUCUGUGUUCGCACUCCUCGGGCGAUUCAACGUGGUGAACACCAUGGUCUUCUUGCUCUUUCGGAAGGUGGCUCGUCGCUGCAGAUGGCGUGAGCCACACAUCUAUGCCUUCGGGGCAAGGAAGGACCUGGUAUUGCGCAGUUCCACAGUCUCUGGAGCAGUUGCUUGGGGCAUUACCUUCUCAUGUUGCGUGAUCUACAUGCUUUCAACCUUGCCAGUCUACAUGGACAGGGGCUGCGAACGAGCUUCGCCCACUUGCCACUAUCUUUUCCGGCCAGCUACAUACCUUGUAGGAUUCUGUGCUGCAUUGGCCUUGGUGCUCACGGAGCUGGUUGUGGCCAUUGGCAUGCGCUGGCUACGCCAGGCGCGAGGCGAUGAUGAAGCAAGUGACUGGACCUUCCGUGCCAUGGCCGCAGCCGUCUACAAGCUCAGUCUGCCAGGGAUGAACGUGCAGGCCUUUUCUACAGCGGCGUCUCGGGACGUCAUCCCGCCUGAUGUCAACCUCA